GACUCCACGAGGUGCUGAUGUUCGCUAUCCAGAAGUCUGACAUGGAUCUGCGAAAGGUGCUGUACCAGAACAUCGUGCUGAGCGGCGGCUCCACGCUGUUCCGAGGGUUCGGAGACAGGCUGCUGGCCGAGAUACGGAGGCUGGCGCCCGGCAAUCAGGAAGAUCAGGUGGACUCCGGGGCUGGUACCUUGAUCUCAGCACCACAAGAGCGUCUCUACUCUACGUGGAUAGGCGGUUCUAUUCUCGCGUCGCUCGACACAUUCCGCAAGAUGUGGGUCUCUAAACGCGAGUACGACGAGGAGGACACCGCGCCGUGCACAGAAAACAUUCUAAAAUGUUAUAUAUACAUAAUCAAAUCCGAUGAAUGUAUGAAAAGUGUUUAA